CAAAAUUACCCCAGCUUAGCAUCUCUCUCCAUCCACAUACAACCAGCAAGAUCCAUGAGGCCACCGACGGCUCUUGUGGCCGUAGCCGCCGUAGCUCUCGUGUUGUUCGGUGUCGACGCGACCGUGGAAACAACCUGCAAGGCGGCGGCCGACAAGGAUGCUCAUGUCCUCUACAACUUCUGCGUGUCGGAGUUGAGCAAGCACAUCCGGAGCUCCGACGCAGACACAUGGGGCCUGGCCAAGAUAGCGGCUAACAUGGGCCUCAACAACGCCUAUGGCGCCAUCCACGGCAUCGAGCGCCUACUAGCAAAGCCGGGCAUGGAUGCCAAGAUGAAGCUGGCCCUUGGGCAAUGCCAGGGGUUGUAUGAAAACAUGAAGUUCGCGUUUGCCGGAGCCUACGACGAGAUCAACGGCCGGAAUUACGCCGUGGGGAAGGAGGAGGCAGCAAAGGCCGUCUCCCUGGCGGACCAGUGCGACGAUGCCUUUGUGAAGGCUACCGUCCCGUCGCCUCUCAAGCAACGUAGCAUCUACUCCGUGCAGAUAGCGAUAGUCUGCACGGCCAUCACUAACCUUAUCAAGUGAUGAAUAGCAUCAUGGAUCCAAAUCGUUAGAGGUCGGGUCAAACAUGUAGCGAUUACUACUUUGAACCUUUGUAAGGUACA